UUAUUAAUUUCAACGUAGAAGCAACUUCCUUGGAUUUGGUACCAUUUACCAUCAAGGUUGUGUUGUGGUGGAUUUUGCUUGAAUUGGCAACGUAGGAGAAACCUCUUUGGAACACUGACAAAGCCAUGAAUGCGAUCUUUCUCAGAAGCCUGUCCUUCCACGCGCGCCGUCUUCGUCUUUCUCCCACUGCUUCACUAUUCUCUCUUACCGCUCCCACCUCCUUCUCUUCUCGCUCCAAUGCUCCUGACAAAACCCACUCCCUCGUUGAAGACAUUAGCAACGAAGAGCUGAAGAGGCGUGUCGCAAAACUUCAAGAGGGUGAUGCUGAGGCGAUUCCUUCUGUGUUUGAAGCUAUACUGCAGAGGUAUUUAGUGGGGAAGCCUAUUGAAGCUGACGAGGAGUUGAUGAAGGAAAUUCUAGGGAGACGGACACUGUCGGAAGAUGAAGAGGAGGAGUGUGAUUCUGAUUGGGAGGAGGAAAUAGAUGACUCUAAAAUUGAAAAUGAAGAUAUUGAUCUUGGUUUUAAAGGAAGGAGUAAAAUUGAUGAAGGAAAGAAUAAGAGAUAAUAUAAGUCUGCAACUGCACAGCGGCAGUCAAGAUUUCAAAUCAACCUUAAAUUCUUUGUUUGUGUUGUGUAACAGACAUCUGGAGAUGCCUUUGGGCUGCUGCUGUUAAGCCAUUUGGUGUUUGCUUUUAAUUCUUUGAAUGUAGUGGUUUUUACCUUAGUCUUUUGUCCUGAUUAGAAAUUUUAGAAUUUUGUACUCAAUCUGAACUGAGAAAUUAAAUUACAUCAUACGUUUAUAUAGGAGAAAACUUACUAGGUACUUAAA